GCGACAAGCUAGCUUGUUUUCCCGGAGUGUAUUCUCUUAUAAGUAGUCGGAGCAAAUUGUUGCAGCUAUCCAAAUAUCACCACGCAUUACUGGUUGUGGAAGAGCCCUUAAUCUAGUACAUACUUUAGUUGGACUCUAAACAUGCUUGGUUAUUCAAAUGCCGGAAUACCAGACAAGUCGUGGCAGCCCCCUGUUGCAGUGCUGGAAACAUCGAUGGGUGCUGUUGUUGUAGAAAUGUACUGGAAGCAUACUCCAUUAACCUGUCGAAACUUCAUGGAGCUGGUUAGGCGAGGUUAUUACAACAACACAAAGUUCCAUCGCGUGAUACGGGAUUUCAUGAUACAGGGCGGUGAUCCCACAGGCACUGGAAAAGGUGGCCAGUCUAUCUAUGGCCCACAAUUUGACGACGAAAUAACCACCGACUUGAAACACACCGGUGCUGGUAUAUUGUCUAUGGCUAAUGCAGGCCCUGAUACUAAUGGCUCACAGUUCUUUGUUACAUUGGCACCAACUCAAUGGUUAGAUAAUAAGCAUACUAUAUUUGGGCGGGUUCAAAGUGGCAUGUCAGUAGUGAAACGAAUAGGGCUUGUUGAGUGUGAUAAGAAUGAUUGUCCGGUUGACGAUGUGCGGAUUGAGAGAGCAUAUAUACCCAAGUAAUUAGUAAGAGAAGAAUU